AAUAAUAAGGAAGUAGUGGCCAGAUAAACCGCACUGGUCUAGGUGGAGGUUAUUUUGGGACGGUAUUCUUCUGUAUGUAUUGUAAAAAAAAAAAUCCCUGUACGAACACACGCGGCUUAACAAAAGCAGUGAUGUGAAGGGUCGGCUCCAUCGGCUCAUCCCGCUGUAGUUAUUUCCCCCAGUGUGCUCUUUCUCUUUCCCUCUUUGUCUUUUAUGCGAAGAUCGAUGGAGAAAUACUCCCUUGUUAAAGUGAUCGGCGAAGGCUCGUUUGGCCGGGCCGUGUUAGUGCGGUGUAAAAGCAGUCAGGAAAAAUAUGUGGUGAAGGAGAUUCAGCUGCCAAAGAAUCAGUCCAAACUGGAGAAUUCGAGGAGGGAAGCCAUCCUGCUGUCCAGAAUGAAACAUCCUAAUAUUGUGGCUUUCAGGGAGGCAUUCGAGGCUGAUGAACUCCUGUGGAUUGUUAUGGAGUACUGCAGCGGAGGAGAUCUGCUCCAGAGGAUUAAGCAACAGAAGUCAAACCAGUUCAGUGUUGAUAAUAUCUUGAAGUGGUUCGCUGAAAUGUGCGCAGGUGCAAAGCAUAUCCAUGAUCAGCGAGUUCUGCACAGAGAUCUGAAAUCCAAGAACAUUUUCCUGACCGAUAAUGGGACAGUCAAGCUUGGAGACUUUGGCUCAGCCUGUAUUUUGAACAGCUCGAAGGCUUACGCUCAUGCAUAUGUUGGAACUCCGUAUUAUGUGGCACCAGAAAUCUGGGACAAUAAGCCGUACAACAAUAAGAGUGAUGUGUGGUCUCUAGGCUGCGUCCUGUACGAGCUCUGCACCCUGCGACACCCGGUACUCCCUCCUCCAAACUUCAUGCACAGUGUGGUUUGUUGUGUCUUCACGCUUUUCUCCUGUGUCCAGUUCCAGGCAUCCAGCUGGAAGAGUCUGAUUCUUAAGGUGUGCCGGGGUGCAUACCCUCCCCUCCCCAGUCAUCUUCCUUAUGAGUUGCAGUACUUGGUCAAGCAGAUGUUCAAGACAAACCCGAAAGACAGACCGUCCCUGCACACCAUCCUGACCUCUCACAGGGUUUCUAAACUCUUGCGUACACACCUGCCCUCCCAGGGAAAAUCAGCCUCAGAGAGGGAGGAGCAGGCGAGGCAUACAGGUCGAUGGAACAGAGAGGAGGGAAAGAAUUUGGCUCGUCUUCUGGGAGAGAAGAGUUUAAUAAAAACAUCAACAUCUGAAGGUAUGGACUUAUCAAAAAGCUGCUUCGAAAGCAGAGACCCCGCCCCUCGAAAGCAGUGGUCUACUGAGCCAUCAGACACCGUGCUGCAGGUGUUAGCUAAUGCCAGUCUGGUUUCAUCUGACAGCGUGACAUCAACUGGCUGGACCUUCACAAGUUCUACUCAUGAAGGGGAGCCAGAGGACAGCAGGCAGAGAAGACGAUGGGAAAGGAAUCCUCCUGAGAGCCUUCUGAGUCUGCUGGAGAAGGCUCAGCUGAGCAAAGCCUCCAGCACCUUCAUAAUAAACAGAGGUGAAGACCCUCUGUUGGGACCCCUCUCCCAUCCUCAGGGUGAUGACACGGAUGGGCCCGAACAAGAGCUAGUUAUAGACGAGGACCGACUGCAGCCACGCUCUGAUGAUGAAGACACGGACUUUGAAGAGGAAUCUCCAUGUGACUGGAUGGAUGAAGCUGAGAAAAUAUUUUUGGAAAACUAAGACCUUUUUUCCUUCUGAGCCUGUAAAAAAGGAAAGGUUAACUUUUAAAUGCUGCAACAACACACUAAAAUUUUAACUGUGUUUAUUUUUCAGCUUGCUGUCAGAAAACCUUGUGCACAUAAAGAUGUUUGGAAGUUUUGUGUGCUCUGUUUAAUAAGUUGUGUUCGCCUCAGGUUAGCAGUGAUAAACAUUCCUUGCAAUUUGAGGCCACUGGGAAGCUUCUGUUUGGCUUGUUCGGAAAACAGGAAAUAUUAGAGUCAGAAAGGUUAUGUCUCCAUGCAGUCACACCAAUUUGAGCCCGCCUGCACCUUUUGAAGUCUGUUUCUUUUGCGAUAUCAAAAGCAGACUAAACAUCUUGUUGCUGUUAUAUGGCUUUUAUUCUUGUGACUAAACAAACCACAUAUCUGGCAUUUUCAGCUGCUUUGUUGUUUUUUCAUUUUCUAGUGAGUGCUUACAGGGCCCAUCCUUCCUGCACUCUAUUUGGUUUAUGUACCACUAGGUGGAGUUGGAAUCCCUUUGGGAUCCCAUUGUGUGGAAUGGGAAACACUAUCGUGUGGUUCAGAUCGGGGUAAUUAAAGUUUGGUAAAAUAAACUAAAAACUAAAAUUAGAUGUGAAAAAAUGUGUUUAGGUAACAAAAUAAGAUUAAAAACCAGACUUAUGGGAAAAGAAAAAAAUAACUGAAAUGGUUUUGUGAACUUAGAAGACUAACCAAAAUAAAAUAAAAUAUGGGAAAAUAUGUAGAAAAUAGCUUUAGUUUCAGACUUUCUUUGUUUGGUAAAAUUUGUUAUCAGUUCCCCUGAUGAGGCUUUGAUGGACUUGUUUAUUGAGAUUUUGUAUUCUUAUAAGAUGUCUGUCAACUGCUUUCAUAAAGGGUUUUUUUUUUAAUCCCCGUGCUGAUUUUCCUCAGUUUACCUCUGACAUAUGCACUCCAUACAAUAAUACUACUUAUCUUAACACUGACCAAAAAAAAGAAGCAAUUUUCAAACAAAACAAAACCCGAACUGAAACGAGCAAACCCACUCUGGAUACUAAAUCUAAACUGAAGUGAAAACAAAAAGUCAAAAAUGAAAUAAAAAUAAAAACUAAUUAGAAAAUACAAAAUGAUAACCAUUGUUUCAGAUGCGAUUAAGCUUCUAAUGAGCAGUGGCAGUGAAAUAAAUCAGUGAGUCCCCAUGCUGCAUAAAGACGUUAUAAAUACAAAGGAGCAAGUGGAACAUGUUACUGUAUUUGGUUUGCCAAAUGAGAAGCCUGACGGAAUAGGACCAGACAAUAGAACAGCCACAUGUUUGGCUACAGACAGACUUAACCCAAGCCUUGCCCAUUACAGUUUGGGCUGAGCAGGAUAGGGAUACUACAGCCCGUUGAGUCAACAAAACCACAAUGAUUCACCAACAGUCACACCAGAGCUGGAUUAUCCAGCUGCUAAAGUUCUUUCAGUAACUUAGAACUCCUAGUGGCUGACAUGAGCGCUCCGUGGUAUCUUUUACCAGAUAUCUGCCCACGAUGUGUUUCACUGAGGAAGCUCAACCCUUAUCACGAGGGCACAAUGAAUCCCCUCUCCAGUGCUCACAGUUCAUCUCC